AUGAAGCGCAAGUUGGAUGCAAACGACGUUCCCUCGCCCGAGCCGGCAGGUGCGGAUGAGAAGGAAUUCGAUUUUGAGGCCCUCAACCUCGAUCCCCGUCUGCGCCAGGCUCUCAUCAAGGAAAACUUUAGCAAGCCGACCCUCGUCCAGGCUAAGGCCAUUCCGUUGGCACUUGAAGGAAAGGAUAUUCUGGCCCGCGCCAAAACUGGCUCAGGAAAGACCGCCGCCUAUGUCCUCCCAGUCCUGCAAGCAAUUCUCCAACGCAAAUCUGCCGAUCCCUCGUUGAAAGCCACCACCGGUCUCAUUCUCGUCCCCACUCGCGAACUUGCAGAACAGGUUCAAAAAGUCAUCACUUCGUUCACUGCCUUCUGCGGAAAGGAUGUUCGAUCCGUCAACCUCACUCAGAAGGUGUCCGACGCCGUGCAGCAGUCCAUGCUUGCCGAUUUCCCUGAUUUGAUUGUCUCCACGCCCACCCGAGUCCUGGCCAAUGUCAACAACUCCGCACUGUCGCUCGAGAAGCUUACUCACCUGGUGAUUGACGAGGCCGACUUGGUUCUUUCAUAUGGUUACGAUGAGGAUAUCAAUGCUCUGUCAAAGGCUAUCCCCCGUGGUGUGCAGACAUUCCUCAUGAGUGCCACUCUGACCUCUGAGGUUGAUACUCUGAAGAGCCUGUUCUGCCGUAGCCCGGUGAUUCUGAAGUUGGAGGAUAGGGAAGAGAAGGGUGCUGAAGUCAGCCAGUUUGUUGUCAGAUGUGCGGAAGACGAGAAAUUCCUCCUUACAUAUGUCAUCUUCAAGCUACAGCUGGUCAAGGGCAAGGUUAUCAUUUUCGUCGGUGAUGUGGACCGCUGCUACCGUGUGAAGCUUUUCCUGGAACAGUUCGGUAUUAAGAGCUGUGUUCUCAACUCAGAGUUGCCCAUUAACUCGCGACUACACGUUGUUGAGGAAUUCAACAAGGGAGUUUACGACAUUAUCAUCGCCGCAGACGACCAGGAGGUUAUGGGCACACCUAAGCCUUCCAAGAAGUCACAGGAGGUCGACGAGAAUGCGGAAAAGAAGGAAGAAAUUGGCAGCAGUGAGGAUGAGGAAGAAGUGGAGGAAUCCAACAGCAAGCAAAGGUCGAAGAAGCGCAAGAUGUCCAACAAAGAAAAGGACUACGGUAUCUCGCGCGGUAUCGACUUCCAAAACGUUGCCUGCGUCCUCAACUUUGACCUCCCCUCCACCUCAAAAUCAUACACCCACCGUAUCGGACGUACCGGACGUGCGGGCAAGGCCGGUAUGGCCCUCUCAUUCGUCAUCCCCACCGACCAAUACGGCAAGCACAAGCCCACAUCGACCCCCAGCGCCAAGAACGAUGAAGCCGUCAUCACCAAAAUCAUCAAGCGUCAAGCCAAGAUCGGCAACGAGGUCAAGCCCUACCACUUCGAGAUGUCGCAAGUCGAUGCCUUCCGCUACCGUAUGACCGACGCCCUGCGCGCCGUCACUCGUCUUGCCGUGCAAGAAGCUCGUGCGCGGGAGAUUCGUCAAGAGCUGAUCAAGAGUGAGAAGCUCAAGCGCCACUUCGAGGAGAACCCCGACGAGCUGCGCCAACUGCGCCACGAUGGUGAGCUGCGUGCUGCUCGUGUGCAGCCUCAUCUGAAGCACGUGCCGGAUUACCUGAUGCCUGCUAAGGGACGCAAGGGUAUCUCGAAAGAGGAUGUUGGAUAUGUCGGUUUCUCCAAGACGAAUGAGAACCGUAUCCGCAAGGCUCGCGAUCGUAACCGCGCUCGUGGAAAGGGCAAGAAGACUGGGAAGGUUGACCCUUUGAAGACGUUUAAUCGGGGACGCAAGUGA